AAGGGAAGCAGAGACUGUCGGAUCCGGGGAAGGCGGCGGCGGCGGCUGGGGAACUUCUGCCGGUGAUUUUCCGGGUCUCUCGUUCUCCUUCCCCCCCUUCGCUUCGGUUUGGAGGGGGGAGAGAGGCGUUUAUUCAAAGCAACACCUUCCAGCGAUUUUCCCGGCACAGAGACAUUUUUUUGCAGACUUCUCCCCGCUCCGGUUUUUCGGAUCUGCGCUUUGACGAACGCUCAGAUAAACUUCCUUUAAGUUAAAGUCUGUUUCCCCCCCGGGCCCGGUUGCCCUUUUCCUCCUUUUUUCUUUUUUGCACGGGGGCGACAGCCGAAAGGAAACCGUUCUCCCCGGCCACCCCGCCUGGUCAUCCCGCGGAGGACAGCAUGGAAGUCACCACGGAUCAGCCCCGGUGGGUCAGCCACCACCACCCGGCCGUUCUCAACGGGCAGCACCCGGAUUCCCACCACCCUGGACUGAGCCAUUCGUACAUGGACCCCACGCAGUAUCCUCUGGCGGAGGAAAUGGAUGUACUUUUUAAUAUCGACGGGCAGGGCAACCACGUUCCUUCCUAUUACAGCAACUCGGUGCGGGCCACGGUGCAGCGGUACCCUCCGACCCAUCACGGUAGUCAGGUGUGCCGCCCACCUUUGCUGCAUGGCUCUCUCCCUUGGCUGGAUGGGAGUAAAGCUUUGGGAAGCCACCACAGCGCCACUCCUUGGAACCUGAGUCCUUUCUCCAAAGCCCCCAUCCAUCACAGCUCACCAGGACCUCUUUCCGUCUACCCUCCAGCUUCUACCUCCACCCUGUCUGCGGGCCACUCCAGUCCUCAUCUUUUCACUUUCCCGCCAACCCCUCCUAAAGAUGUGUCUCCAGAUCCUUCCAUCUCCACCCCGGGCUCCACUGGAUCCAGCAGGCAAGAAGAGAAGGAGUGCAUUAAAUAUCAGGUGUCUUUGGCCGAAACCAUGAAGCUGGAAUCCUCUCACUCUCGGAGCAACAUGGCCUCCUUAGGAGGAGCAUCUUCUUCUGGUCACCAUCCAAUUGCCACUUACCCUUCCUACGUUCCUGAAUACGGCUCUGGACUUUUCCCCCCAAGCAGUCUCCUAGGGGGAUCACCAACUGGAUUUGGAUGCAAAUCCAGACCCAAAGCUCGUUCCAGCACAGAAGGCAGGGAGUGUGUAAACUGUGGAGCUACCUCAACCCCACUAUGGAGGAGAGAUGGCACAGGGCAUUACCUCUGUAACGCCUGUGGAUUGUAUCAUAAAAUGAAUGGGCAAAAUCGGCCGCUGAUAAAGCCCAAAAGAAGACUGUCAGCUGCAAGAAGGGCUGGGACAUCAUGUGCAAACUGCCAGACCACAACCACCACCCUGUGGAGGAGGAAUGCCAAUGGUGAUCCAGUGUGUAAUGCCUGUGGGCUGUAUUAUAAGCUCCACAAUAUUAACAGACCCCUGACCAUGAAGAAGGAAGGCAUCCAGACCCGAAACCGAAAAAUGUCUAGCAAGUCGAAAAAGAGCAAAAAGGUCCAUGACAGCCUGGAUGAUUUUCCCAAGAGCAGCUCCUUCAAUCCUGCCACCCUUUCCAGACACAUGUCUUCUAUCAGCCACAUUUCGCCGUUCAGCCAUUCAGGGCACAUGCUUACCACACCCACUCCCAUGCACCCAUCCUCCAGCUUGUCUUUCGGACCUCACCACCCCUCCAGUAUGGUCACCGCCAUGGGCUAAGGAGCGAAUCUUGGAGAAGAGAGACUUUCCUGCUUAAAAGAAAAAGAAAAAAAAAAAGAAGAAAAGAAAAAAGAAAAGAAAAGAAAGAAGUCCCCUUUUUAAGUUCUCGGAACGAGAGAUACCUUUAUAUACUUGCCUCAUUUUAAGCAAGCAUUCUUGCCCUUCAAAACUCUUGGAUGCAGAUGGAAAAACAAGACAGGAAAAUAAAAGAAAAUGGAAAUUGUAAAGCUGGCUGAAGUCCUCAGAACAAAAGAAACAAAGCAAAAUUUAAUGUGGAAAGUUGACUGUUGGCUGCUUUUUCAAGCGUCUUUGUGUUUCUCAACCACCGAAUCGGGAUCCCAUUUGUGAAUAAAUCAUUGCAACGCAACUUCACUGUUGAACUGGGUUUUUAGUGCUGUGAAAUGAUGAUGAUGAUGAUGAUGAUGA